GAAACCUAAAGGAUAAAAAGCAGAAUACUCCUUUCUUUCGCAAAGGAAAUUUACAGGCUUGAUUAUAAGUUGUGCCAAUAUAAGAGGCUUCCUCUCAUACCUGAAAAACGCUUACUAACUCCACAAUAACUAUAUUCAUUAUUCUCAUAGCUUUAUAAAUCGUAUUUAUCAACCAACUAGUUAUGACCUCAAUCCUUGAAUCACAGCCGCCAAUAGAUACAACGCAGAAGAUGCUGGCAAUCGCCAGGGAUAGCACUCUCACCACGGCCCUCAUGAGCGCCGCCGGUGGCUACGUCAUGGGGUACGGCUUCUCCCUCUUCGGGUCGAUGAUCAGCGCGGAGACCUCAACGCAGAGUAUGGGAACGGCGGAUUUUUUUCGGCACAGUCUGCGCAGUGCGGGACGAUUGGGCGGCAAUUUCGCCUUUUUCGCCCUUCUCUUCAGCGGCGUCGAGGUGGCACUGGAGAAGCGCCGUGGGCGGAAGGAUCAGUGGAACCCGACGCUGUCCGGUGGGCUCAUCGGUGGCGCCUAUGGGUGGCGCUCGUAUAAGUACCCUGGCCUUGUUGUUGGAGUCGUUGGUGGUGCGGCCCUAUCAUUGGUCUUUGAGAAGAUGAUGGACUGGAUGGGAUUUGCACAACGAUAAUAAAAAUAUUGGAAGCAUGCCCUGAAACUUCUAUUUUACUUUUUUUUUAAGACGAUGAAUGGGUAACUAAUGACGAAGUCUUUUUCUACACACACUUCUUGUAUCAGCCGAGUCCUUAUCUCGUGUGUUAAAGAGAUGCAAAGGUAGGUACUCAGGAUACAUCCCUCAUGGUAGUGGUGACUCUUACGGCUCACAAAAUAUUUCAUUUAUUCGCUGUGUUAAUGGUAAUACCAAAAAAUGAUAUCGGUACACUGUUUGUUAUCAUAAUAAGCUUAUCUCGGAGACAAUAACA